AUGGAAGUUGAGGAAGAGGAGCAGUUACCGUUGGUGGAUGUUGAAGUGAUUCGCUCUAAUGGGAAGCUCAAAAAGAGAUUGUUCCGCAAGAAGUCUUGUGCUGGGAUAAUACUCAAUUUUCAGUCCCAUCUCAAUGAGGAUGUUACGCUUAACGGAUGUAGAAUUAUGGGACGAGGAGCUGGACAAAUUGACGUGGAUAUUCCUCGGCAAUGGCUACCCAAGCGAAAUGAUACAAAGAAACAUACGGGUCGUGAAAAGCCGAUGGCGGAACGGGGACUAUGA